AUGUUAAGAAUUUCAAAAGAACUCAAGCCGAACGAUAAUCUAGCCCUAUCUACAAAGCUGGAAUCUCAAGAUACUGAGAUUGACCAAUGUUUUAUUUUUGAUAUCACCAAAUCUAAAUCGUCUAACCCUUCUUGGGAAGAAAUCAAGGUAACUUUUGUGAGAUCAGAUCAUACAAGUUUCUCGGAAUACUUGGUUUUUGACAAAACCCAAGAAUAUACAUUAAAAUGGCAGCUAGAAUCGACAGACCUCUAGCCCAUAUGACGAAUGCCUUAGGUGGCAAGAGACCUUGGAAUGGAAGUGACAGCUGAUGAGUGCUACUUGCUUAGGGCGAUUAGACAUUGUGUUCUGGGCUUUGAGUUUCCAUUUUCGUUAAUGAUCGACCAUAAAACUUGAUCUUUGAAUUUUCUAUGGAAUUGAACCCUAUUGGCGCGCAUAGUGACAAAAAACCUUCUAUCUUCCAUAGAGCGAGCGAAGGCUCUUGUCGAGAAGGACACAGUAUAAAGAGUGCGAUAAUUGGUGAGUAAGCAGAGAGAUCUUUAUGAAAGUGGAUAAGGGCCUUCGGUGAUCUGCAGCGGUCUUCUCUUAUCAGUAUAAUUAAUGAUCAACGAUAUAUCCCAAGAAGACCUAAAUAAAUCUGUAGAAGAAGUAAUGGGCUGCAUUUCAGAAAACCUGAGCCAAUCAGACCGAAAGAUCAUGCUUUCUUAUUUAUCCGACAUUAUGAGAAACCAUACGAUAAAGAAAAAUAAAGAUAUUUUAUCAAGAACUAACAAAUCAGCUAGAAAAAUCGAAUUUGAACAAGAAAAUUCUGAAAUAAUUAAAUCCUUUUACUAUGGAAUGAACCGUGAUGAAAUUUCGAAAGAGCUGAAGAGGCGUAUAAAUUGGUUCACUAUUGAUGAAAAUGAAAACCAAAUAAACCAAGCUUUUGAACUAAUAUAGCCCAUACCCCUAUAUAGACUUCUUUAUCGAACAAAAUGUAAUAGAUAGUUGAAAGACUAAGACAGACUCUCAAAGGGACGGGAUGGACCUCUAUAUCAGGAAGCGUUAAAAGGUGGAAUGUCAAAAAUGAUUGCAAAGUGUGAAAAAGUUGGCAAGCAAACGUGAUAAUUUUUAAAAUGGCUUUAUUAUUAAAAUUAUUUUUAAAUUUAAGACUGACGUUGAUAAAUUUUUUACUAUACAAUUUAAUCCAAACAAGAAAUAGAUUUUUAAAUAAUAAUGCAAAUUUGAUUAUGAUCAGUUUGGCUAUCAAAGCCAAAGUUUGUAUUGAAUGCUGAUUGCUCUUUAUGAGGUUCUUAAUGGCUCAUAUGGUGCUCUUUAGCAAAUUGAAAUUGAUUUGGCAUUGUUUAUUUAAUAUCUAUCUUCGAAAAAAGGCAACUUGACUGAUAAUCAAUUGCUCAAAGUUUUUAAUUCAUUUCUUCGUUUUGAAAGUUAUUUAUACGAGAUUAUUUUAUAUAAAUAUAAAUAUGGAAAUACUAUUAGAGGCUUCUUAAAAAGAAUGCCCUUUUAUCAUAAUUAUGCACAAUUAAUUUAACCUAAUUUACUUGCUUGAACCUAAAUUCUACAGAAAAAAAGAGGUAAGAUAUUAAUAUUCCAGUCUAAAAGGGUUUCUUAUAUUUAAAAAAUAAUUUAAUAAUAAAGCCAUUUUAAAAAUUGGCACGUUUGCUUGCCAACUUUUUUCACACUUUGCUGGUAUAGAGAUCCAUUCCAUCAGUUUGAGAAAGUCUGUCUUGGUCUUUCAACUAUCUAUUACAUUUUACUCGAUAAAGAAUCUAUAUAGGGGUAGGGGCUAUACAGGUUCAAAAACUUUGGCUUCAAAUGGAACUGCAUGACAGUUUUAGUGAAAGAAAAGUAAAUAUGUCAAUUUCAACGAUAACAGAAACUGAAGAAAAGAGGCAUGGGGAGGUUGAAAAAAGAUUGGAAGAAAUCUUUAUAUUGAAGUGACUAAAUUUGGUGGCAAUUUUCAGGAAAAAUUAUAUAGUUCCAUUGCCAUAAAAAAAAAUUAAUUUAAUUUAAUAGAUUAUAAUAAAAGAGAAGUAAAUAAUGAUACUACCUCCUCCCUCCAUGAGCGAACAAAACUAACACAAAAAUUACGAUUUUUUUGCUUAAAGCACACCUUCUGUGAGCAAAAAAAAAUUUUUUUAAUAGAAAAAAAUUUGAUAUAUGAUAAUUGUAUAAUGAAAAUCUCUAGCUAAUUCUGUUUAAUUUUGAACAAAUUGCCUUUUAAAACAUAAAUGUAAAAUAUUUGCGCCUCAAAUUUUUGUGAAUUGGGAUUGUUUUAAAUUUCAAAACUAAAAUUUUUUAAAACCGUAGCUAACCAAAUUUUUUUUUUCGCCCACUGAGGGGGGAGUAAAGAAGAAACUAAACACAGCAGCUGUUUAGGAAAAGGCCCAGAGUGGCUUAAUGCAUGCCAAUGCGCACUUAUGUAA